GGAUUGGGGUGCGUGGAGACGGUUUGAGGGGUAUGUGGUAUGUUGAACGUCAAGGCGGAAGGACAUCGCGUCGGCAGCGCUCCUCCGUGGCAGCCGGAACAAGACACCCCUUCGGACUUUUGGGGAAACCUCCUUGGAGAUCUAUCUCCCUCGGGCUGCCCUCGUGCAGCCUGGGCGCGUUUGCUGCCUUUUCAUCUCAAGAAGAUCACCCUCCCAGCGAGAAAACAGAGGUUGGGUCGGACCUGAAACCCUAAAAGCGCAGAAAUCCCUUCAGCCCCUCGAUUGCUUUCGGAUCCCUACAGCUAGAGGUGGCGGCUGUGCCUGCGGACGGAGUUUGCUUUUGAACUCGAUGGAUCUGAACUUUGGGCUGCAGAAUCAUCAGUGCGGCUGUUGGGGGAUCGCUACGUGCUGAUCUCCGGCAAGGGACCGCUGCUAAUUAUUGUUAUUUUUUUGUGGGGGGUGACCAGUAGCCGGGCGCUCGGCACGAUGUUUCUUGCCACCUUGUACUUCGUGCUGCCGCUCGUGGAUAUUCUUUUGACAGCUGAAGUCAGUGGCGGGGACCACUUGGACUGCGUGAAAGCCAGCGACCAGUGCCUCAAGGAGCAGAGCUGUAGCACCAAGUACAGGACCCUGAGGCAGUGCGUGGCAGGCAAAGAGACCAACUUCAGCCUGACGUCUGGGCUCGAAGCGAAGGAUGAGUGCAGGAACGCGAUGGAGGCGCUGAAGCAAAAGGCUCUUUACAAUUGUCGGUGUAAGAGGGGCAUGAAGAAGGAGAAGAACUGUCUGCGUAUUUACUGGAGCAUGUACCAAAGCUUGCAGGGAAAUGACUUGCUUGAAGAUUCCCCAUAUGAACCAGUUAACAGCAGAUUAUCAGAUAUAUUACGACUAGUCCCACACAUGCCAGAUGUAUUUCAGCAAGUGGAGACCAUUUCAAAAGGAAAUAACUGUCUGGAUGCUGCCAAAGCCUGCAACCUCAAUGACACGUGCAAGAAGUACCGAUCGGCGUACAUCACCCCUUGCACCACCAGCCUGACCAAUGAAGUCUGCAACAGGAGAAAAUGCCACAAGGCCCUCCGGCAGUUUUUUGACAAGGUUCCCCCCAAGCACAGUUACGGGAUGCUCUUCUGCUCCUGCCAAGACAUAGCGUGCACAGAGAGAAGACGGCAGACCAUCGUGCCCCUGUGCUCUUAUGAGGAGAAAGAGAAACCAAACUGUUUGAAUUUGCAGGAGUCCUGCAAGACAAAUUACAUCUGCAGAUCUCGCCUUGCGGAUUUUUUCACAAACUGCCAGCCUGAAUCACGGUCUGUUAGCAGCUGUCUAAAGGAAAACUAUGCUGACUGCCUUCUUGCCUACUCUGGGCUCAUUGGCACAGUGAUGACGCCCAACUACAUCGAUUCCAACAGCCUCAGUGUGGCCCCAUGGUGUGACUGUAACAACAGUGGCAAUGACCUAGAAGAGUGCCAGAAAUUCUUGAAUUUCUUCAAGGACAACAUGUGUCUCAAAAAUGCAAUCCAAGCCUUCGGCAAUGGCUCGGAUGUGAACGUUUGGCAGCCAGUUCUUCCUGGACAGACCACCACAGCCACGACCACCACAGCCUUCAGGGUCAGGAGCAACAAGUCUCUGGGCUCAGGGUCUGAAAAUGAAAUCUCUUCCCACGUUUUACCACCUUGUGCAAACCUACAGGCACAGAAGCUAAAAUCCAAUGCUUCAGGAAAUCCACACCUCUGCCUGGCUGAUCGGGAUUUUGAGAAAGACAGAGCUGGGGGCUCCAGCCAAAUGGCCUCGGACUCAGCGGCCACAACCACAAGCUGGAGUCUAAGCAAAUUACUGAUCCUGGCCAUCACUGUACUGAAGACCUUCUUGUCCAUAAGUCUGGCAGAAACAUUGUAGCCCUAUUAACAAACAAAACAACCACAUAUGGACGUGUACAAAAACAAAACAAAAAACCAAGCCGUUUCCUGUCCUCUGUUGUCUAUCUGAAAUUCCACUUUUAAAAAGGGAGCUAAGUUGAAGCAGUCUGCUAAAAGAAUUUCAUUCAACUGGAUUUUUUUUUAAAGAGAGCUUCUUGUGAUAUUUAGGGGCUUUUAUGGAAUACAGAUACAGUGCUACAUUCCAAACCCAAAAGGCUUUUGGGCAUGCUGUAUUUUAAAGAGACAGUAUGUAAAUUUGGUUAUUAAAAAAAAAACAGGCUUAUUAGUACUUUUUUUUUUUUACAAUGGUUUUAACCUCAGCCUUUAUUUGCAAAGGACUAAGUUCAUUUUCCUAAAAUUCUCUUUAUUUCAUUUAACAGCUUUGGUUUCAAAUUAAGUGAACUUCAGACUUAACGGGGAUGCCAGGCUUUUGUCACAACGUAAAGGUUCUUACCAAGAGUGGACUUUAUGAAAACAUUUCCUUCUCAUAGACUGCUGCUGAUGUUAAGCUUUCUAAAUGUAUUAGCAUCCUCCUUAAUGUUUAUGAACUCUUAAGUGGUUUUGCAUUCUCUCCUGCUAAAAUAUGAUAUGUCACAUACAGAUGUAAUGUAUGUUUCUCAGUUAUGAUUUCAUAAAAAAGGGGGGUGGGAGUUUGCAACUUGCUAACGGUAUGUUAAUCAUUUAAAUACACUCAUCUAAGCCUUA